AUGAUCACUGAACUCCAGGGAGUUCUUCCUAAUGGCACCUUCACCCUGAGUCCUGUGAGUGCAGCUCAUGCGGGGACCUACCGGUGUUCUGUAACAUAUGGUCGCUACUCUCUGACAUCAGCAGAAAGUGAACUCCUGGAGAUCAUAGUCACAGGUGUGUUCACAAAGCCUUCCCUCUUGGCCAGACCACAAUCCCUGGUGCCUGAAGGUGGAAAUAUCACCCUGCAAUGCCUCUCAGAUAUAGCAUUUGACACAUUUACCCUGCACCAAGAGGGGGGUUUACGAUAUUCCCAACAACAUGGAGAGAAGCUUGGUAAACAGCAUGACCAUUCGUGUUUCUCUGUGGUUCUUAUGACAUCUGCACAGGCAGGGACUUACAGAUGCUAUGGCUCUUCCAGCCAUGCCCCCUCUGAGUGGUCAGCCCCCAGUGAGCCACUGGACUUGGUGAUCACAGGAAGACACAGGAAACCUUCUCUCUCCACCCAAAUGGGCCCUGAGAUGAACUCUGGAGAGAACCUCACUUUCUUCUGCCACUCUGAGAGCUCCUUCAACGUAUUCCAUCUCUUCCGGGAGGGGAAGGUCCCGGGACACUGGUUUACUGGAGUACAGAGUGGAAAAUUCCAGGCCACCUUUGCUCUUGGCCCCCUGAGCCCUACUUUCAGUGGAACCUACAGAUGCUACGGCUGUUUCAAUCACUCUCCCUAUGAGUGGUCACACCCUAGUGACCCACAGCACCUUUCUUUCACAGAGUCUCUUACAACUGCUCUUUCAAACCUGGAAAUAACCACCAGAACAGAUGUCGCCAUUUUAAACACAGAGACCGAAGAAAAUCAAAUGAUGGAUGGCAAGGAAAACCACACAGCCAUUUUUAGCACAGGAUAUGAUCAGGAAGCUGGCUUUUGCUGGCCUCUAAAGCAGUGCUUUUCAAGGACUGACUGGUAUUAG